UCUUAAAAUUUGCGGAUGUUAUGAAAGUGAAAUUUACAGCUAUUAGAACCUAUCCGAAAUGAGUUCUUAUAGAACUUUGGUGGAUCACGCGGAGUCGACAUCGUGCAACGCAGCUGCGCUGGCGACGGCCUCGCCGACGACGCUGCAUCGCAUGAUCAAAUAUUGGCGAAACAGUUCCGGCAAGAUUCCGGGAUUGCGCAAGAGCGAGAGCUUUACGGAUUAUCGACGACAUUCGGCGGGUGUGGCACAGCAUGCCACGUUGCCCAAUCGACAGGUGGUGCAGUAUCAACGCCUGGAAAGCUAUGAUGAGAGCAAGCUGACACAAAUGAGACGUCAGCAUGCCUUUAUGGCGGGCACACAGAAGCAACAGCCCGGCUCAGCCGGCACAGGCGGCGGUAGCGUUACCCACAGUCCGGAACGCUUGCGCGGCGCCACACAGGAUCUCUUCGAGCUGCUGGAGCGGGUGCAGUGCUCCCGGCUAGAUGACCAGCGCUGCGUUUUACCAGCGUACUUUUCACAGCAUCAUCGCGGCAGCAAUGCAAGCGAGGAGCGCGUGCCACAGCCGCAUUCACCACACGAUGGCGGCCACAUGAGCGGAGGACUACAGCAUUCGGGCUCUCGGGCCACGUUGCGUCAUUCAAUGAAUCACUCCAGCAGCUCAAUGACUGGCGGCUCCGCCUCCAGCUCAACGCCAGCAUCGCCGCAGCUGAGCGGCGGCCAGCUGCUAUCGAACGGACAUCAUUAUCAGUCGCAAUCAUCGGUAUCAUCGAACUCCUCGAUUGUGUCGGCCAUACCCGCCUCGCAGCGCCUGCUCGAGGAUGCGCUAGCCAAGUCGGCGCCCUAUCCAAUGAUACUGCUACCGCUGCACGGCGGCUAUUGGCUGGACGGCACUGAGCACGAGUGCAGCUACGAUGCACGCGGCAAUCCGCAGCUGCCCCAAACCACCUGGAUGGCCAAGUUCGAGAUGGAUGACACGGCCAAGUGCUACAGGCGCUUCUAUGCGGCCAGGGAGCACUCCAAUCUGGUUGGCCACGACGAGCAGCUGGGCCCAGUGCUCAUCUCCAUCAAGACCGAGAAUGUGGCCAAUCAGGAACACAUGCGCAUACUUCUGCGCCUGCGCACGGGCACCAUGCACGAGUUGAUACCGGUGUCGUGCCUGGGCGCCCAGCCCAGUCCGGCGAAGAUGGUGCGACUGUUGAACGAACAGAUACAGGUGGACAACUUUAUGCCUGUGCUGUGCCCGAAGGCGUCGCAGCUGAUCAGCGUCUACGAUGAGCAUGUGCUCGUCACGCACUUCAAGUUCGGCGUGCUCUACCAAAGAUAUGGCCAGACCACCGAGGAGGAACUCUUCGGCAAUCAGCAGACAUCGCCGGCCUUCGAGGAAUUCCUCGAUGUGCUCGGCCAGCGCAUUAGGCUCAAGGAUCACAAGGGCUAUCGCGGCGGCUUGGAUAUACAGAAUGGUCACACCGGCGACACGGCUGUCUAUGAGGUGUUUAAGGAGCGCGAGAUUAUGUUCCAUGUGUCCACACUGUUGCCCCACACCGAGGGCGAUCCGCAGCAGUUGCAGCGCAAGCGGCACAUUGGCAACGACAUCGUGGCCAUAGUGUUCCAGGAGACGAACACACCCUUCUCCCCGGACAUGAUCGCCAGUCACUUUCUGCACGCGUUCAUUGUGGUGCAGCCGCUCGAGCCGAACACGCCCCACACACGGUACAAGGUGAGCGUGACGGCACGCGAUGAUGUGCCCUUCUUUGGACCCACGCUGCCCAAUCCGGCGGUCUUUCGCAAGGGCCAGGAGUUCAAGGAGUUUCUACUGACCAAACUGAUCAACGCCGAGAACGCCUGCUACAAGGCCGAGAAGUUUGCCAAGCUCGAGCUGCGCACACGCACCUCGCUGCUGCAGAAUCUGGUCGAGGAGCUGAAGGAGAAGACGCGCGACUUCCUAGGCGCCGAUCUAUCGCAGACCCUGACCGGCAGUCCCACGCCCGAGACACCCAAGUCCGAGAGCGGCGGCGGCGGCGGUGGCGGCAAUGCAGGCACUCGUUUCAUUGACACCGUCAAGAAGGCGCUCAUCAUGCGCGUGCGCUCGCAGAGCGUGGACACUGGCAAUGGCGCGCAUCCGGACAAGUUCAGCGUGAAUACCAAGGUGGGCACGCUCAACUCCAAGAAGGAGCCACAGCCCGAGACACAAACGCCCAAUCUAAAUACCUGCAGUCGCACGGCCUCCAAGUCGUCGUCCAAGUCGAAAUCCUCGAAUGAGUCUACAUCAUCCUCGCCGGACAUUACCUCGCGCCCGGCUAACCAUAACAACAAUAACAACAACAACAACACAGCCGGAGGCCAACAAAAUGGCGGCGUGGGCGGCGGCAUUGCCGCCGUCGCAGUCAGCGCUGCCCAUAAUGGUGGCAUAGUGGGCGUGGCCGUGGCCACCAUGUCCGAGGCGAGCGACGAUUCGAGCUUGAACAGCGUUGAUCUAGAUCCGAUGAUGGGUCACCUAGACGGCGGCGCCGCCUACAUAGACAGCGACACGGGCUUGGAGAGCAUGAGCUCCGCUGAGGCAACAACCAAAGCCUGCUCGCUGUGUCUCGAGGGGGUGCAGGGCACCACCAUGAUGGGCAGCUCGCCCAGCAACGAGACCAUCAUGAUGAUUGAGAAUCUGCGCCAGGAGGUGACGCGACUCAAGUGCGACAAGCUCGACUUGCUGCGACAGAAUGUGACCUGCCAAAGGGACAUCAAACGUUUGCGGGAAAGAGAGCUAUCGCUGCAGGGGGAUCUGGCGGCAGCCGGACGUGAGAUUUUGCGUCUGCGCGAUCUGCUCAAGGAAUAUAUGCCAGACACGGCUGCAGCGCCGCUCUCCAUUUCGCCCAUCUAAAGCGUCUAACGCCAUGCACAAAGCAGGGGAGAGGGAGCCAGGGAUCGUAGAGAGAAGGGAGGAGAGAGGAGGAACCACUGUGCCGUGUAUAACACUUUGGAUGCGUCGUUAUUUGUUUUUAUUUCUGAGGCCAGUUCUCGCAAAACUGUAUUAUAUUUAGUUUGCAUAGCUGUUGGAACUCGAAGAGGAAUGAAGCUGAAGUGGCGGCAUAUAUAUUAUUACAGUUUAGUCUACAAAUAUAUAUAUAUAUACAUAUAUAUCUAUACGUAUAUGUAUAACAGUUACAAACAAACAGAAAACGAAUCAACAUGGAAGGAAACACACACAGAACUCAAAAAGUUACACCAAAUAUAUAGUUCAUAAGUCUUUAAGCAUAUUUAACGCAAUGUUUAAAACCCUAAAAACCAACAAAUUUCCCACAGAUGCAAAAACUAAGCCUUAGGUAUAAGUAGAAAGAGAGAGGGAGGGAGUAUAACAGAGGAAGAGAGAGCGAAAGCUAUCGAUUGACGUUUAUCGCAGUUAGAAAAGCUUACAUAGAAACGCAUUCGAAUUCGAAUUCGAUUUCGAAUUCGUCAUCUAUUUAGUAGAAGCGUAGCGCAACCCUGUUAAUUGCCACUGCAGCAUGACAACCCUGUUGACUCCUCUUGUUUCCAUUCAUCACGUAGACCUCAGCAGCAAUUAAUAACCAAUUCAAAGAAAGGAGAAGAAAAACAAAAUCGAA